CUAGUUUCAAAUGUUGAAAAUGUUUCACUUGUUGCAAAUGUAUUUCGGUGGUCGAUUGCACAUUUUCAUGUCGUCAUCAAAAAGUGACGGUAUUCCCCGGAAAUAAGGAGGGUUUCAUUAUUUUUUUGCAGAACUGCGUUGAUUGCUGGAAAGAAACAUGUCUGGCAGUUUCUAUUACGUCAUGGUUGGUCAUCAUGACAACCCAGUCUUUGAAAUGGAGUUCUUGCCUGCUGGUAAAGCUGAGUCAAAGGAUGACCACCGGCAUCUGAACCAGUUCAUUGCACAUGCAGCUCUCGACUUGGUGGAUGAAAACAUGUGGCUGUCUAACAACAUGUACCUGAAGACUGUGGACAAGUUCAAUGAGUGGUUUGUCUCUGCCUUUGUCACCGCAGGACAUAUGAGAUUCAUCAUGCUUCAUGAUGUACGACAAGAAGACGGAAUCAAAAACUUCUUUAAUGAUGUGUACGAUUUAUACAUUAAGUUUGCAAUGAAUCCUUUUUAUGAAACCAAUGCUCCAAUCCGGUCGACGGCAUUUGACAGAAAAGUGCAGUUCCUUGGAAAGAAGCACCUCUUGAGCUAAUGAACCAACCUGAGUUCUGCACCUUUUUUUACUUUGUUCGUGUUUAUCAUACACAUCAUCGGUCUACGAUCACCUGUUGGUUGUAUUUUGAUACAUUCACUGUUAUUACUUGCUUUAUUCUUACCAACCACAGUAUAAAAGACAGCAUCGGGAAGUGUUUUAUAAUGAAUUAAUGGCAUGUGUGAGUGUCACCAGCAUUUUGUUGCCUAGUUUGAUAAUAGUGACAUGGUCUCUUGAGGUCUAGUUUGAUAAUAGUGACAUGGUCUCUUGAGGUCUAGUUUGAUAACAGUGACAUGGUCUCUGAGGUCUAGUUUGAUAACAGUGACAUGGUCUCUGAGGUCUAGUUUGAUAACAGUGACAUGGUCUCUGAGGUCUAGUUUGAUAACAGUGACAUGGUCUCUUGAGGUCUAGUUUGAUAAUAGUGACAUGGUCUCUUGAGGUCUAGUUUGAUAAUAGUGACAUGGUCUCUGAGGUCUAGUUUGAUAAUAGUGACAUGGUCUCUGAGGUCUAGUUUGAUAACAGUGACAUGGUCUCUGAGAUCUAGUUUGAUAAUAGUGACAUGGUCUCUGAGGUCUAGUUUGAUAAUAGUGACAUGGUCUGUAUGAGCUAGACCUUGAAUGAGCUUGGUUAAAACAUGUAUAUUUAAUUUCUGAUGUUUGUGAAAUGUUCUAUGUCUUACUGUCCAGAUUUUCUAAUCAAAACACUUUCCAAAUAAUUCACUAGCGUGCAUGUGUGUGCCUUUGCCAUACAAAGUAAUGGCAGAACAUUUCACUAAUCAUUAAGCAUGUACAAAGACCAGCCGAUGCAAACAAACACUCACAUUCUGCGUGUAAUCGAUCCUGUAUAUAUGCAGUAAUAUUCACCACACCAGAAAACAUUUCCAAAAUGACUUACUGCUGAAGUCUAACUCUUAACUGAUAUAUUUUUCACAUUUUAACAGUGUUUUUUCCUCCCCUGUAACAGUGGAGACUAAAAACAAACAUCUUUAGGAAAGAUCAUUCAUUCAAGGACUGUUUUUAUUAAUAAUAAUAAUAAUAUAUGCCAUUUAGCAGACGCUUUUAUCCAAAGCGACUUACAGUCAUGUGUGCAUACAUUCUACGUAUUACAUUUACAUUUACAUUUAAGUCAUUUAGCAGACGCUCUUAUCCAGAGCGACUUACAAAUUGGUAUGGGUGGUCCUGGGGAUCGAACCCACUACCCUGGCGUUACAAGCGCCAUGCUCUACCAACUGAGCUACAGAAGGACCCCCUAUUCAAAUAGCAUUUUUCAAAACUGAGCAAAGAAAACUGUUCUCAACACUAUUUUGUGAGGAUGUACAGUACUGUAAAAUCAAUAAGCAAUGAUUGUUGAAAUCAAAUGUUACUAUUAAAACUAUACUUGUGUGUAAGAAAAUUAAAUUGAUCUCCAUAAAUGUAAAGAAAAUACAUGUUAGAUUAAUUAAGAUACCCAUUGAAACAAAAACAAUGGACAGGUACAUACAUUAAACAUGGUUUAUCAUAUUCACCACCAUGACCAAGUUCAUAAUGUAUCACCCAUCUGUUAAUUACAAUUAGCCAAGUUAUCAGAACACUGAGAUUCUGGAAUGGUAAGAACAAGGUUAUGUACUACCUUAUUGGUAGAGAGCAGAAUGUCAUGCAGCAUAAGAACUCUGCUUUAUUCUUUUCAUAGUUACAAUUUCAGCUCGUCCUGUGCAAGUGUUGAACAUUGUGUCCAUUGCAUAAUGAUAACGCAUUCAUUACGGUACGUUGUGCAGAUAUCGCAAGGCCAGCAAAUUCAGCUACCAGCACCAAUAUUAUAGAGUAAGAAAUCAUAAACCUUCAUUUCUGCUUAGAUAUCCCACUCUCUGUACUAUAAAGUAGUGAUGCUAGAUUAGUGCUUUAACUUUUUCAAAUUAAGACUGCAUAAAUGACUCUGCUUUGUAUCAACAUUUGCUGUAAUAAAUAUUAAUAUAUUAUGUUUGGAUUUUUUAUUUUAUUUUGACCUAAUCCCGUUUAACUCAAUUGAUGAUUAAAAGUGACUUGCUUCUACUGUA